AUGACAGAGCCAAAGGCACAAUAUGAUGAGUUGUAUAAGAUCAUUUUGGUUGGGGAUUCAAGUGUUGGAAAGACUAGUUUUUUGAUUAGAUUAACCAAAAAUGUUAUAAAAAAAUAAUCACAACCCACGAUUGGAGUAGAAUAUGCAGCCUAAUCCAUCUUACUAGCAGAUGUGGAUAAAAUUGUCAAAUCUGUGAUCUGGGAUACUGCUGGAGCUGAAAAAUACAAAGCAAUUACAACAGCACAUUAUCGUAAAUCCGAGGGAGCUCUUUUGUUUUAUGAUUUAUGCGAUAAGACUUCGUUUGAUAAUGUUUUAAGUUGGCGUUAGGAAAUUAUAUAGCAUACAGAUGAUAAAAUUAUGAUCAUGCUAAUAGGGAACAAACUGGAUUUAUUGUAAGACAACCCACAAAAUCGGUGUGUAUCUGUCGAAGAAGUAGAGCAAAUCUGUUAAUAACACAAUAUGCUGUAUAAUGAAACAUCAGCAAAGGAAGGAACAAACGUGAAGGAAUGUUUUGAAUAAUUAAUUAGGAAAAUAUAUGAGUUCAAAUAACAAAAUGUGGAAGAAGAAUUUCCAAGCCAAAGAAUUGAAAUCGAAGAUGAAAAGUCUGAAAAGAAAACAUAGGAACAACCACAGCCCAAUGUUCUAACUGUGCCUACUAAACAGAAUAGAAACCCUUCUGACAAUUGUUGCGGAUCUACUUGA